CAUUUCCACUUUCGAUUCCCGCUCCUCCGUACCACAAUGGCGUCUGCUGAUCUGAGGGCCGAGCUGGACUGCUCCAUCUGCCUGAGCCUCUAUAAAGAUCCCGUAUCCCUGAGAUGUGGACACAACUUCUGCCGCUUCUGUAUUGUGAGUGCGCUGGAUGCACAGGAGGCAGCUGGAGUGUAUUCCUGUCCUGACUGCAGAGCAGAAUAUCCGGAGCGUCCGGCCCUGGAGAAGAACAGGAAGCUGGGGAACAUAGUGGAGCGUUUCUUAUCUGCUCGGCCUGAUAUGGAGGAGACCGGGAUCUUCUGUACUUACUGUACUAAGUCUCCUGUACCGGCUGUAAGGACAUGUCUGCAGUGUGAGAUGUCUCUAUGUGAUAACCACCUGAUGGCCCACAACAAGAUGGUGGAUCAUAUAUUAACAGAACCCACUGGAAACUUUGGCAGCAAAAAAUGUUCUCUCCAUAAGAAGGUUCUGGAGUAUUACUGCCCGCAGGACACGGUUUGUCUGUGUGUGUCCUGCUGUCUGGUCGGCGAGCACAGGGGACACCAGGUGGAACUUCUAGAUGAGGCCUCUGAGAAGAAGAAGAAGAAACUGAGGAAAUAUCUGGAGGAACUAAACCCACAAAAAGCAAAAAUUCAGACAAGACUUCAGAAUCUGCAGGAUCAUCAGAGGAAUAUCCAGGAGAAGGCCUCUGAUAAGAGGAAGAACGUCAGGAAGUUAUUUAUGGACAUUAAGGAGCAACUGGAAAUGGCAGAAAAGAAAGCGCUGAGCGAGAUCUCCAGGCAGGAGGAGAAGAUUGUGUCCCAGAUAUCUGAUCUGAUCAAGAAGCUGGAAUUAGAGGAGGACGAGCUGUCCAGGAAGAUGCGUCACGUGGAGGAGAUGUGUCAUGUCACCGACCCAAUAAGACUCCUACAAGAAAGUGACAUUACAGUAUGUGGUCAUGGAGACGAUGAGGACAUAGGGGGAGAUGGUGGAGAGGGCAGGUCUGAGGAUGAUCUGGAUGAGGUUCUGAUCUCACUGACCUUACACCGAUCUAUGAGGGAUAUUGUCACCAAUGUCACAUCAGAGCUCGGGCUCCAUGUUCCAGACAUAUUGCUGGAUGAGGACACUGCUUAUAGAAAUGUGCAGAUAUCAGAAGAUCUGAAAACAGCAACAAGGGAAUAUACAUCUGGAAGGUACCUGGAUAGGGGUCGGGUGUUAAGCAGAUGUGACCUCUCCUCAGGAAGACAUUACUGGGAGGUAGAGUGGAACCAGGAAGGAGGAUUUCACAUUGGACUGUCCUAUCCCAGUAUAGAAAGGAAAAGAGAUGAGUCUUGUACUGGAUGUAAUGAUAAAUCUUGGUGUCUGGAUAUGUCUGAUGUACCAUGUGAAGCGUGUCACAACUCAGUCACAUCCCCCCUCAGUGUAGAUACAACAUGUCCUAGACUUGGGGUCUUCUUAGACUAUGAGGCCGGGCGUCUGUCCUUCUAUCAGCUGUGUGACCCCAUCAGACACUUACACACCUUCACCGCCUCCUUCUCUCAACCCCUACAUGUUGCCUUUUGUUUGUGGGAUGAAGCCUCUGUUAGAAUAAUAAGCUGAGGCCGAUGCGUCCACGUCCCGUUAUAAUCUCCAUCUAUAAGUCACUAUAUAGCGCUGUAUGGGCGGAGCCUCCGAUCACACAAUGUAUAUGGCGGCUCUAUGGGGGGGGGGUUACUGUACGAUUAUUUUAUAUUCCUCGGAGAUCAGAUCCAGAAUCGAUGCUUUAAACAAAUGAAAAGUUACGUCGUCUGCACACGAGUUCGGGUGAAUGCACAUCAGAUCCGCAGCGUAUCCGCACCAAUACCUGCAAUGUGUGAUUACGGUUUUUGGUGCGGAUAAGAUGCAGUUUUCCACUGAAAAGGGUGAAAUCCGUAGCUAAAACCACAAACAUAACUGACAGGCCGCAGAUCUGGGAAUCAGCACGGAAAUAAUCGGCGAAGUGUACGUGAUCGGGGUAAUCUCAUACACUUUGCUGGUGCUGUAAUUCCUUACGGUUUUUCCACAUGGGAAUUCGCCUGGAAAGACUGAGCGUAUUCCGCAACGUGCGCAGAUGGCCUUCGGGUACAAGCGCACGGUGCGUAUUACCUGCUGGUUUUCCAGAGUGAAAUAAUACCGCCUAAGCAGAUGGGAUUCUCAGUAUCUCAUCUACACGGAGCGGAAGUUUCCUGCGUCAGGAGUGACCUGCGGAGCGGAUCCGGAGAUCUGCGGCCGGUGGAUUGUCCGUGCGGAUUUCUCCCUUUACAAUGCAGAGGGGGAGAUCUGGGGAAAUCCGUGUCAGGAUCUGCAGGUAACAGGUGUGGAUCCUGGAGCGGAGAUACACCGCCGAGUGCACGUACCUCAUGGGGGCAUCAUUAACCCUUCCCCGUCCUCCACUGAGGUCGCUGUAGGGGCUUCUUUGUGGUUCGGGGACACAUUUGGGGAACAUAUAAUUAUUAAUCAGCUUUUCCUAUUUCUGUAGAGAUGUGACAAUGUGACGCUUCUUUCCGCACUAUACGCGGCAUUUGUUGUGUUUUUUCCCUUUUUAUGGAAUAAAUGUCUGACUACUUCUGUCCCAUCAGAGUUGUCGGUCCUAUCA